AUGGCUAGAGAUACUUAUUUGAAGAAAGUCUUAGGCGAUGAGUGCUUUGGUCGUGUUCAGAGAACUAGGGUGGUUAUGGUUGGAGCUGGUGGUAUAGGAUGUGAACUCUUGAAAGAUCUACUUUUGACAGGAUAUGGAGAGAUUCACAUUGUCGAUCUUGAUACCGUGACUCUUUCCAACUUGAACAGACAGUUCUUAUUUCGCAAGAAGGAUAUCGACAAGUCAAAGUCCUUAACUAUUGCCAAAGCUGUACAAUCGUUCAACUAUUUUGGUGCCAAAUUAGUUCCUCAUCAUGGCAAUAUUAUGGAUACUAACCAGUUUCCACUCACCUGGUGGUCUCAGUUCAGCUAUGUGUACAACGCUUUGGAUAACUUAGAAGCCCGAAGAUACGUAAACAAAAUGUGUUUGUUCCUCAAGAAACCGUUGAUGGAAAGUGGCACUACAGGUUUUGAAGGACAGAUUCAACCCAUUUACCCAUACUAUAGCGAAUGUUUUGACUGUCAAGCCAAAGUCACACCAAAGACUUUUCCAGUGUGUACUAUUAGGUCAACACCGUCACUUCCGGUUCAUUGUAUCACAUGGGCAAAAGAAUUCCUCUUCCACCAAUUGUUUGACGAAUCUGAGAUAUCGAGCAUGAAUAAUGAAGAACAGAUUAGGAACGAGACUGAUGAUGUUCAGGAAAAAGAAAACUUGGCCAAAGAAGCCAACGAGCUUAUUGACUUGAGAAACCAGAUCAAAGGUUUGGACGGGUCAGCGUUUAUAGAGCUGCUUGUGGUCAAGAUCUUUCAGGCAGACAUCGAAAGGUUAUUAUUGAUUGAUACAUUAUGGAAGUCACGUAGAAAGCCUAUACCUCUAAACUUCAAUGCUCUUUCUACUGAGUUGCAGCAGCUACUUCAUGCAAAAAAUAACAUCAUCAGCACCGAUACAAAGGUGUGGUCGGUGUUGGAAAACUUGUUUGUAUUAUAUAAGUCUGGCGUGGCUUUGCAAUCCAGAUUGAAAUCUGGAAAGGAACUGUUCGUAUCGUUUGACAAGGAUGACGACGAUACCCUCAACUUUGUUGUGGCAGCGGCCAACUUAAGGUCUUCAAUCUUCGGGAUACCUUUGAUGUCUAAAUUUGAUAUCAAGGAAAUUGCCGGUAAUAUCAUUCCAGCCAUUGCUACCACAAAUGCCAUCAUUUCUGGGUUUUCGAGCUUGAACGGUACCAAAUUCUUCAAACAUGACUAUGAACAGACGGGUAGUGUCGACUUCUCCCCGAUUGUUAAGGAAUCUUCUACGGUUUUCAUUAGUAUCAAGCCAAACAAGUAUAUCACAGCUGCAUCGUUGGUUUCUCCCAAUGAAAGUUGUCCUAGUUCGUCAUUACUUUCGCGCGGUAUCAUGAACUUAACGAAUCAAGAGUUGCAAGAAAACACCUUACGGUGGCUUGUAGAUGAGUUGGUCAAGAAGUACGGUUACGAAGAUGGCGACUUGUCUAUCAUCGUAGGCAAGUCGCGAUUAGUCUACGACGUUGAUUUCGACGACAACAUCGAUAGCUCUUUACUGGAGCUAUCAGGAUUUGAAGAUGGCGACCUUGUAUUGAUCCAAGAUGAAAACGAUGAGUUGGAGAAUCUCGAGCUUUAUAUUACAGUUGUUAAUGAGCCUACUACCGAAAAAUUGCCUAACAUACAGUUAAGAGAGAAAAAGGCAAUAAAAGAGAAGAAUGAGGAUGAACAAGGAGAUUCCACUAUUGAAAACAAUACGAAUCAGGACGGUACUACAAUGGUUAUUAUUGAAGAUGAAGAAGACACAGACUUGGUGAUGAUAGCAGAGCCGGCACUGAAGAAAAGACGCAUAGCUGGUGAAGAAUACAUGUAAAUGAAGCCAUAGAAAUAGCAAGAAGAAUCAAAAAGAAGUUAU